AUGGCUGCACAGGAUCCCUCACCACCAUCUUCAUUAGAAGGCAACAAACCUGGCUUCCCCAAAAAAAUACUCGCCAACAAGCUGGAGGACAAGCAUCUGUGCAAUAUCUGUCAGAAAAUCCUCAGGAGACCGUUUCAAGCGCAGUGCGGACACCGUUUUUGUUCAUAUUGUUUUAAUAAAGCAGUGAGCUCUGGACCACAGAAAUGCAGUGCCUGUAUAAAAGAGGAUAUCUUUGAAGAGCCAACAUCAAUUUUGAAACAAGGCUGUGCAUUUCCUGAUAAUGCGGCCAAGAGAGAAGUUGAAGCUCUUGAAGCUGUUUGCAUCAAUGAGGAAUGCAGUUGGACAGGCACCAUCAAAGAAUAUGAGGCGAAUCAUGAGGGAAAGUGUGAAUUUAGGAUCCUACCCUGUCCAUUAUGCAAAGAGCUUCUGAGAGCUAAUGAACUUGAGCGGCACAAUGAGAGAGAAUGCCCGGAAAGGACCCUGAAUUGUAAAUACUGCAAGGAGCCUUUUCAUUUCAAAAACAUUAAGGCCCAUGAUGAGAUCUGUCCUAAAUACCCGAUGAUUUGUGAAGGCUGUGCCAAGAAGAAAAUUCCCAGAGAAAAAUAUGUGGACCACAUUAAAAUCUGCAGCAAGUUCAGAACACCUUGCAGAUUUCACGUUGUAGGCUGUGAUAUGACGGUGGAAAAGGAGAAGAUCCAUGACCAUGAGCAAUCCUGUUCCUACGAGCACCUGAACCUCCUACUGCACUUCAUUAUGGGCAUCAAGGUAAACCUGGAGAGUCUGCAGCCUCAGAGUCUGGAGUUGGCCAGCCACAAGAUCCAUGAGCUGCAUCAGUCUCUGCGGGAGCUGGAGUUAAAGAUGGGCCAGCUGAGUGGAGCCGGGGCUCCCGUGCAGGGGGCCUGUGCACCGCUGCCUCCAACGCUGGGUACGUCUUUCACCCCUCUUCCAACAGCUGUUGGGGCAGCCUUGGAGCUGCAGCUACAUAGUGAGAAGACCAAAGUAGCGGAGCUCAGCCGACGCUGUCAGGAGCUGGAGCUGAAGAUAAGCACCUUCGAGAAUAUUGUCUGUGUGCUCAACCGUGAGAUGGAGCGCUCCGCAACCACCAUGGAGGCCUAUAACCGCCAGCACCGGCUUGACCAGGACAAGAUUGAGAUACUUAAUAACAAGGUAAGGCAGUUGGAGAGAACGGUAGGCCUAAGGGAUCUCUCCAUCGUGGAGAUGGAGGCAAAGAUGAGGGAGAUGUCUGCUGCCACCUAUGAUGGCGUCUUUGUGUGGAAGAUCUCUGAUUUCUCAAAGAAGAGACAGGAUGCUGUAGCUGGCCGUGCUCCAGCUAUGUUCUCAUCUGCAUUUUACACAAGCAAAUAUGGCUAUAAGAUGUGUUUACGCAUCUAUCUGAAUGGGGAUGGGACGGGACGUGGUACUCACUUGUCUCUGUUCUUCGUGGUGAUGAGGGGACACAGUGAUGCCUUGCUCAAGUGGCCUUUCAAUCAAAAGGCAUCUCAUUUAACCACGAAUGAUUGGUUUCUCCAUUCAGUCCAAAUUCAAAGUUCACCAGGCCCUUUUAUCUGUAGGUCACCCUCAUGUUGCUGGAUCAGAACAACCGAGAGCACAUCAUCGAUGCUUUCCGGCCAGACAUCUCCUCUUCCUCCUUCCAGAGGCCUGUCAGCGACAUGAACAUUGCCAGCGGCUGUCCCCUCUUCUGCCCUCUUUCUAAACUAGACUCCAAAAACUCCUACAUCCGAGAUGACACCAUUUUCAUCAAGGCCAUUGUUGACCUCACAGGCCUGUAAGAUGUCGCUGCUGCUCCGCCAUUCUCAUUUCUCCAGCCUGUAGGGGUUCCCGUGCAGUACUUCUUACCUGAUGCCCGGUCCUUUGGCCUGAGCUCUUUGGCGCGCUUGUUGUGAGCCACGAAGAGACUCCGGUACCCAGUGCGAUACUGCGCUGGGAUGGAUACCACUUUGCAUUAUGUACCAAAAUUGUUCCCAGAGUCGUGUGCAGUUUUACUGCAAUAUAGUCGCCCUUUGGGAGCGCUCGCUCUCUUUGAGUGAGCCGAUAGCUCUGAUUGUAACGUAACUACUUGCCUGUGCCGUAAAUACGGCACCUUGCCUUUUAUAGAGAUUGAGAAGAAGACUUUCUUCACAAGAUAGAUGCCAUUUCAUUACCAAGCGCUUGGCUUGUGUUGCAGUCACUAUUUCCUUUAGCGUUUGAGAUACCUGUAAGUGAAUGUUUCGUGGGUAGACAGACGUGGAAUCUGAUGAAUGAUCUUGUGACUGUGUAGUUAACUUGCUUCACGUCACUGGUUACUCUUAAGCAUACAGUAGGCAUCUUCCGACAUUCCCUUUUAGCAUUGUGUGCCUCAAACUUUUCGAAUCCCUUAUUUUGUUGGUUCUCUCUGGUUAGUGGUGGACAUUGCUUGAAUUCCCUAAAGUCCAAAGCGUGGAAUUUUCGGCCUUGAUAAUACCUGCUUGUGAGCGAGGAGUCGUGCGCGUGAAGGUGUGUCCUGUGUUUUGGCCUUCGUUUCCAUUUUUGGUGUUCUUUGAUGUAUUAGUUUGCAUGUUGGAUCUGUGGAAGAUACAUUCAAGUUAGCAACAGACCAGGUUUCAACCCUGGGCCUGACAAGCAAAGGCAGUUUCAUUGUAAAUCGCUGUUGAAGAAAACAACGCUGGUGUUAGAAUCAUCCGUUUUCUUUUCUAACACCUUUUCUAUACGGUUAUACAGGAACUAAAGACGCAGCCUUGAAUCUUGAGGUAGUGUAAGUAGGACAGAUAAUCUCGUGUGCUUUAUCGUAAUGUGGAAAGGCUGAUGUUUAAUAGCAUUUUGAUGUUUUCCUGUCUUUUGGGUGUACUUUUGAUAUUGUGCUGCUUUGGGCAAACGGAUGCCAUUAAAAUGUAUACGACUUGCUUUGGACUGUGCUGAUCUGUAAAAUCCGAGCAGGUGUUUGAAAACUCUUAGUCGGUGAUUUCCGUCGUCUUUAUCAUGGAAAGACCGUAGGUUAAAUGUUCUAGAAAACAAGGAAUGGGAUAGUUUUAAGAUCGGAUCAGUGCAAUCCAUGAGAAGAUUCAAAAGAAGGCAUUACUAGACACUAACUUCUACAUAAGGGCUUUUAGUAUACAGUACGUCUUCCAUGUGAGCCUUUUGGUCCAGUUGUUUCAGUAAACGGAGUCCGAGACGCUUUUUAAAGAUGCCUUCAUGCUAACAAAGCACCUCGACCCAGCCUAUUUUCAAACCAGUUCCCACAGAUAUCAAAACCUCUCUGUGCAUGAGAUGUUUUGAUAGAGAAGAAAAGACAUAUAUUGUAAAUUAUUGGUUUACUUUGUAGACCAACAUUUUAUUUGUAUUGCUUUACCUUUUAAUCUGUUGAUUGAGAUGCAGUAUAUGACAGUUAUAAGUGUGAGUGUGGCAUAUUGUUUAAGUAUAAAUAAAUAAACUAUACACUAUACACCAGUUUUAUGACUGGUGUAGCUGUGGAUAUAACAAAUAUAAAUCAUAAAUAUAAAUAAAUAUAUAUAAAUAUAUACAUAUUAUAGAUUUAUAUCAAUAAUAAAUGUACUAUUUCCUGUUGGGACGGUUUCAAAAUGUGUUCGGGUUCAUUUUGGGCUUUGGUAAGUUCUCCUCCUAUUUGGCAGAAUCUUCUGAGGGAAUGAAAUUUCGAAAGAUCUUCCGGUUUUUCCUCUCUCUCAAGGAACUGUCUACGUUGCUAAAUCUCACCGUUGUAGAUUGCCCAGCUUGCUUUUUGCCCCAAUGAGAUUUUUGUGAAUAGUUCUUCAGUGAUGUGCCUCUGUAGCAUAACUGCUUCUAUACAUAGCUUUAGCUGCAGUAACAAUGCAUGUGGCAAGUGUGGUGUAUUGCAAAUCAUAUUAAAAUGAUUAUUUUCGACAAUUUUUCACCUUGACGUUUUGUGCAGCUGUCGCAUUAUUUAAUUGUAGUAGUGCACACAUUUGAGCUCGUGCAAUUAUACAAGUGUCCUUCCUGUUAUUGAAUCUACAGUUUGCAUUCACUCUUGUCUGGGCUUAUAUUCAUACACUAAAAAGGUGAAUAGGAAAUGCUUGACCUAACAUGGGUGAGUGCCCUUUUAUUUGUACUACGUUGUAAGCGUUUGGACUCGAACUUUAGUUUUAUCUUUGAAUAAGCUUACGCUACACUAGAAAUGUGAUAUUUUUUAACGUUUUUGCAUACAGUUGAGAUUACAGCUCACAGAUGUAAUUUAUGAAAUACAGGAAUGAUUUUUUUCUUAUUCAGCUAACUGAUAUUUGUAUACUUUUUAUUUCCAAGGUUGCAUUUCAUAGAGGUAACUUUAGUUAUCCAGAUUUCUACGUAACUUUCUAUGCCUUUCUCAUGGUGUGCCAGUGCCACUGAUCUUCCUGAUUUUGUUCAACAGAGCUCGAGACGUUACUGUGAUGGCACUGUGGGUUUCUUCUGUGAAUUGUGGUAGUAAUGUGCCAAGGAAGGAACCUUUGUGUGAUUCAUUCUGUGUUAUGGUUUAAUCCUUAGUGAAAUCUAAAAAUAAAGUCUUUUUUGUUCUCUUA